AUGAAUAUUUAUUCUUCCAGCCAACAAGAUUAAAUCGCCUCUCCUGACAAUCUCAGUUAAAUGAGUUGGAAUAAAGUUCAUUAGAGCAGCGAAUAGGUUUUGGAAAAGUCUAAGAAAAUACACAAAAAGAGACCACCACAGGAUGUAUAACAGAAAUGGUUCUCGAUUUAGAAAAUAUCAAGUUGCAAAUUAGAUAUUUCUGAAUAGAACGAUCUGGAUUUAAGAGAUUAGAAUACUUACCAAUUUGAUUAUCUAAAAUUAGAUUAGCAUCUGCUAUCCAAAAAUUAUCCCAUCAUUGUAAAUAUGUCUCCAUAUGCUUAGAUCGAAGAUUUAAAGUCAAAAAAAAAAUACUAAAUUAAACCAAUUUCAAUCAAAUCUGACAUUAUAGAAGUAUACAAUUUGGUGCAAAUUAUUUAGAAAUUAUUUUCAUUAAAUAAUAAAUUUAUACUCACCCCUGAAAACAUUUUCACCUAUUCGGCUUAGACUCAAAAAAUUGACGAUUUGGCUAAAGAAAUAAAAAUCCUCCACAUCUCCUUCUAAUUGCUAGUCUAUUAGUAUUGUCGUAAAACAAUCUUCCAUUUCUUAGAUGAAUUGACAAACAAGCAAAUUAAAACAAUAUUCUUAGAUCUAAUUUAAGGUUUGAUCUCUGCCCAAGAAAACUAAUUAGUCUUGAAGCAAAUCACCUUAGAUUCUAUUUUAUACUACGAAGAUACCAAAUCUUUCAAAUUGAUUGAUUACACUGAAGCUACAAUCGGAAACAAUAGGCUUAAUUUUUAAGACUUAGGAUUUUGUUUGGCCCAAACCUUACAGAUCAAAAAUCCUACUUCCAGCUUAAAGAAUACUAAUUAACCCAUUAAUUAAAUUGAAUGGUUACAAAAAAAUAAUGAAGAUCAUCUUUCUUCUGUGGCCUUGUAUUUGAUUUUGAAUGAAAAACCAAUCGAAGAAAUCGUGAAUUUAUUGUAAUAGAAUGAUACCUGA